AUGAUGGAUGACAACUUAAAUUUGUGUCCAGGGAAUGAAGGUGAACUGUCGCUGGAAGGACUGGAGCCGUUUUGCAGCUUGGAAGAGCUGAUCUUGGACAACAAUCUCCUGGGGAAUGACCUCCGGUUACCCAGGUUACUGAACCUCCAUACCCUGACGCUCAACAAGAACCAAAUUACAGAAUUAGAAAGCCUUCUGGAUCACUUGGUGGAAGCAGCACCUUCCUUGGAGUACCUCAGUUUGCUGGGAAAUACGGCCUGCCCAAAUGAGCUGGUAUGCAAAGACAACGAUGAGGGGGAUUACCAAAGAUACAGGUAUUUUGUUCUGCACAAAUUAAGCAACUUGAAAUUUCUGGAUUCUCGAAAAGUAAGCCCAAGCGAACGUGAAGAAGCUGCCUUGAGGGGUGCCUUUAUGAAAGUGAUGAAGCCCGUGGAUUCUGUGCCCUCAAGUGAUGGUGCUUCCAUUUCCCCCGAAAUGCACUAUACACCACUUCCAUCUGGAUCAAGGGACCUUACCAACCACAGAGGUGUUCUAGGAAAAUGCCGCUACGUUUACUACGGGAAGCAUUCCGAGGGCAACCGAUUCAUACGCGACGACCAGCUCUGAGGCACCCAGCGGGUCUGCAGAACCAUCCACGCAAGCACACAUACCACACACACACACAAAAGCACAAAUUGUAUCCGCGUAUUGUCUUUUUUUUUAAGAAUGUGUAAACCAAAGUCCUCCAGUACCUUCUGCUGACUUUGCCAGACCUGUCAAAAUCAUCCUUCUGCUUUAGUCUGAGUAGUCACACAGAGAUUGACAGGAUUGCCUCUAAGCAGGUCCCAUCCACCAGUGUGACAGACAGCUGCAGUGAAGCACCAGGCCUGACAGGAAGAGCACCGUAAUGGAUUGCCUGGCCCAGAUGCUACUCACAGAAGAGCAGAGGUCACACCUGGGGCCUCACUGAGCAUGCUCAGCUGUUUUCAACAAAAAGAGACCGUUUUUUUUUAAAUCUGCAGCUUGCCUGCUUGAGUGAGAAAGCUACAUGUUUAUCAAAAGAACUGGCUGCAGUUUGAGAUUUUUCCAGAAGCACCACCUACCUAAUAGCAUUUCCCUCAGGAAUUAGGUGCUUCACGUGGACACCAGUAGGCCUGUUACAAGCAGAACGUUGUGGCUUUUGUGUUCUUUUCAUGGGGUGGAGGGAAAACAAAACCAUCAAAAGCGGAGGGAGAACAAAACCAUCAAAAGUAUUAUUUAACGUUUAAAUGCUGGAGAGGGAAAAAUUACUUGCCUUGGGAAUGUUUAUAAUUAUUCCUGGCUUGUUGGGCAGGGAUAUUACGAUUUUGUGUGUGUGUUUGUGUGGACAUAUUAGAUUUAGAAAUCAAAAUACAGGGACACGGAAGGAUCUAGAAGGGCUGUAAAAAUUGCUACAGAGCUGGAUUAAUUUGGGGGAUGGGGAAGAGACAUGAAGAGUCCUUUAUGGUUACUCUUGGAAAUCCAAGCCAUGUACAUUGUUUAGAAUAUCCUUAAGCAGUAUUGGUAGCCUUGCUAAUAUUAAUUACUCAUUGGUAUGUAUGCAAAUGAAGCAGUCACAGCCUCCCAUCAUUUUGCUCACUUUUUGGAGAUCUUUUCAGAAUGGACUGUUUAGACUCGGUUUUCAGAGGGAGCUGAGGAUUCUCUUAAAUAUAAAACCAACUGCAGCCUCUGCUUGCUUUGAUGAAAGCCAUUACCUCCUGAGGGCACGUGACACAUUCUGUGAGUAGCUGUCAGGGCAGACACAUGGCUACCACUGAAAAAAGCAGGCCCGUGUUUUCUCCUCUCUUUCCUGUAACGUCAACACCAAAGUGUGUAAUGUGGCUUCACUGUACUCUGAAUUUUCCUGUUCUGCUUCAUUGUCUGCCACUUGCAAGAGAAUAUGAUGAAUUCACACCAUGUAUUCUGUAUUACUAGGGAAGAGAGGAGGGAAGAAAAGUGAUGGUGCCAUUUUUAGUGGCAGCCUUGCAUCUGCCGUAACAUUGAUUUCCUGGAUAAAUUCAGUUCCUGGGUUAACGGCAUGCUCAGUGUGGGAAAACAGAUUAUGUGGCAUGAUAUGAGGGACAGACGAUGUACUGAUUCUUGUCUUAACAGUUCCAUUUAAAAACAAUGUUUAUAUAUAUACAGAGCUAAGUCCCCAUCGGAUGACCAAUAUUUUCUUUGCUUAUUCAGUUGCAGACACCACAUAGCACAUCUCACCUGAGCUAUUUGUAAAUAGCCGGAUGAAGUGCAAGUGCUGAGUUGUACAUAUUGUUCAGAAGUGAGCCAUAACUAACAUGUCUCUUGAUAAUGCGAACAUUUUUGACUCACUGGGGCAUGAUUUUCUUCCCCCCCCCCCACCCAAUAAAUCGCUUUCCAACAGGGUGGAUCAGGACCAAAAAUACGUGCUCAUGAUGUGAUGAUUCAUGCAUUAACUUAAAAAAAUGUCAAUGUGACUCUCAGCAUGGGGGAACAUGAAGGUGAGAUUUGUCCAUCGUGAGAAGGCUGGGAUUGGUUUGAAACAAGUCAUAGGAAUAUACUCUGUACACCAGUUAUUAAACAGAAUUAUGAUUAAAAGUAGGGGAUUGGGGUAUGGCAUCGGUUCUUACAGCUUUCAGGGGAGGGGGGAAGAUUCAUGUCUUACCUGGUUUGCCAGAAACAGCCACAACCUGUCCUCAUUUCCAUUUGACUUUGCAUUUGAUUUGGAAGUGCAAGUACAUGCUUUGACCAAGGCAGCAGAGCUCACACAGGGAUGUUUGGAAUAACCUUGUGUCUCAUUCAGUCUGGUUGCAUCUCUCUUCUUGUCUACAUCAAGGGCUUUUUAACCCUGCCUCAAACAA